AUGCCCUUGGGACACUCGGCUGUGAGCACCCGCUCAGAGGAAAGCGACGCCUGCCUGGAAGGAAUGGUGGACUGGGAGCUAAGCCGCCUGCAGCGACAGUGCAAAGUGAUGGAAAGCGAAAGGCGGGCCUACAGCAAAGAAGUUCGCCAGCGCAUCAACAAACAACUGGAGGAGAUCCGGCGCUUGGAGGAGUUGCGGGCCAACCUGCGGAUGCAGAUCAGCGUCGCCCAGAGCCAGGUCAAGAGGCUGCGGGACAGCCAACGGCUGGAGCGCAUGGGUCACCUGCUCAAAUGCAGAGCUCAGGUGCAGGCUGAGGUGGAUGAGCUACAGAAACAGACCAGAGCCCUGGACCGGAAGAUCCAGGAGUGGGAGACCCGGAUCUUUGCCCAUAAGAUGGGUGCCAAGACCUCGGGAUUCAUCCUGAAUCAGAAGGUCAAAAUCCGGAGGCGGAUCAAGAUCCUGGAAGACCAAUUGAACAGGGUCACGUGCAGCUUUGACAUCCAGCUGGUGCGGAAUGCGACACUAAGGGAGGAGCUGGACCUGCUGCGGGUCGAGAGGAACCGCUAUCUGAACGUGGACCGCAAGCUGCAAAAGGAGAUCCAGCUUCUGAGGCAGGCUGUCAGCACCCUCAUGGUUUCCUCCAACUCUGCCUACACCGUCAGGGAGGAGGCAAAGACCAAGAUGGGCUUGCUGCGGGAGAGGGCCGAAAAGGAGGUGGCCCAGAGCGAGACUGAGGCGCAGGCCCUGCAAAGGCAGAUUUCACACCUGGAGCAGCUGCACGCCUUUCUCAAGCUCAAAAACAACGAGCGACAGCCGGAUCCCGCCAUCAUGGAGAAGCGGGCUCAGCGGGCCCGGGACGUGGCCGAAGGUCUCCGCAAGACCUCGCAGGAGAAGCUGGUGCUUCGGUAUGAGGACACCCUGAAAAAACUGUCGCAGCUGACAGGGGAGAGUGACCCGGACACGUUGGUGGAAAAGUACUUGGAGAUUGAGGAACGAAACUUCGCUGAAUUCAAUUUCAUCAAUGAACAGAACUCGGAACUGGAGCACCUACGGGAAGAGAUUAAGGAGAUGGAAGAGGCCAUGGUGAGUGCCCGCGCAGGAGAGGAGGCCCAGAGGUCACUGUGGGAGCAGCAGCGGGCGGCGUUGCAGCAGCGUGUGGACGAGGUGCACGCAGAGGCUUCGGAUCUGGAUAUCCGUUUUCAGGAGUUGAGGCAGCUGCUGGAGAAGCUUAAGACUGGCCUCCAGCUCCUCUUCACCCGGGCCCACUGUGACAGGACCAUCAUUGAUGACCUCCUUGGAGUCAAGACCCACAUGCGGGACCGAGAUAUAGGCCUCUUCCUGGGUCUCAUUGAGAAGCGGGUGGUGGAACUGCUGACAGUGCAGGCCUUCCUGGAUGUCAAGAACUACACGUCCUCCAGCUUGUACAGUACCACGCUUCCAGUGCUGGGCCAGAGUCCGGAAGAUCUGCGGAAGAAGGCAACCCUGCCUCAGAUCCCAGACAACCGAGAGGACCACCCAGGUUUUGAGGGCAAAGAUGACUAUCCUAUGAGCAAGGAGGAGCUCCUGAGCCUAGUGGUGAAAUCGCUGGAGGCCCGGGAGCUGGCGCGGGAGCAGGCCCGGGAACAGCACCAGAAAGAACUGGCGGAGGCGGCGCGCAAGGGCGACAGUACCCGAGUGGCCAGCUACAGCUCUGUCCUAGUGAGCGCGCACAGCAACAGCGGCAUCGUUCCUGGCACCAUCCUGAGCCAACGGACCAACAACGGCAUCCUGACGUCCAGCGCCGGGCGGGCCACCAGCUCCAAUGUAGGCCAUGUCACCUUUGGCCUCCCCAGUUCCAGCACGGGCCACGGAUCCAGCCGAGCCACGCUGGGAGACUCCGUCUCCACCAGCUCCGGUGCCGCCUUCCUGCCCGCCAGUUCUAAGAGCUCCCUGGGCUCCACCGGCUACCUUGAGUCCAGUGGGGGUCAGGAAGGCCAAAGCACAGAGUCUGAGUCGAGCGGAGGCCAGGGAUCCAGUACGGGUCCUGGCUCCACCAUCAGCAAGGACUCCUAG